GCCCUGCCAGGUGCCAAAACCAACCUUCGGCGUUGCGGCCCAAACGUUCGUUUUCCUUCGCCAGUUCAGCUCGCCAUUUCGCCAUGGCCCCCGCCGCCGCAUCAUCGUCCGCGCUGCUCCCCGCGGGGACCUUCUCCACCGCCCGCCCCGUCGCGGGCCGGCCCGCCGGCCAGCGCCUUCCCACGAGGGUAGCCGCCGCGAGCAGGACGACGACGGCGCGUUCUCCUGCCGCCUGCCUCUCCGUCGGGGGCAGGAGGCGGGGAGCGGAGGCCGUCCGCGCGUCCGCGGGGGGAGCGCCGGCCGCGUCCCUCCCGGCGGCGCUGCUGUUCGACUGCGACGGCGUGCUGGUGGACACGGAGAAGGACGGCCACCGCAUUUCCUUCAACGAGACGUUUGCCGAGAGGGAAUUAGGUGUGAGCUGGGAUGUUGAGCUAUAUGGAGAAUUGCUCAAGAUAGGUGGCGGAAAGGAAAGGAUGACAGCGUAUUUCAGCAAAAUGGGGUGGCCAGCUAAAGCACCAAAGACUGACGACGAAAGAAAGGAGUUUAUUGCUUCGCUGCACAAGAGGAAAACAGAAUUAUUCAUGGCUCUGAUUGAGAAGAAGUUGCUUCCCCUCCGUCCAGGUGUUCAAAGGUUAAUAGAUGAAGCCCUAGGAAAAGGAGUGAAAGUUGCAGUAUGCAGUACUUCAAAUGAGAAAGCUGUUUCGGCAAUAGUUUCAUGUUUACUGGGCCCUGAUCGUGCAGAAAAAAUUACCAUAUUUGCUGGAGAUGUGGUUCCUCGUAAAAAACCUGAUCCAGCAAUCUACUUACUUGCAGCAACCACACUUGGAGUCGAUCCAUCUAGUUGUGUUGUUGUUGAAGACAGUACUAUAGGGCUUGCAGCAGCCAAAGCUGCUGGUAUGAAGUGUAUCGUAACAAAAAGCGGAUACACUGCAGAAGAGGACUUUGCAACAGCUGAUGCUGUGUUCGAUUGCAUUGGUGACCCUCCAGAAGUACGCUUUGAUUUGGAGUUCUGCGCCAACCUCCUCCAGAAACAAUUUGUAAGCUGAAGGAGCAGACGGUCAAUUUCACCCAUAUCAUAUAAAUUCUAUAAAUUCUUGCCCAGGAUUAUGGAAAGCGGAAAUGGUCUCUAUAAAAUCAUUCCAAAUACAAGAGUCAAGAGGAACAGCAUUGCUUUAUAUACUAUUGAUAUUUGUUAUUUAUGUAUAGAGGAGUACAUAUAUGAACAUAAUAGAAUAAGAAAUCGAAAUAUCUUUAAUUGAAAUUUGUUACUAAAUCUGUCCUAAAAACAAGUUCACUUUUCUAAC